UCUUCCCCCCUACCCAACCCGCCACUACUGCACCAUCUUCCACGCCGCGUGUGCGAUUCGCCAACCACGUACGGUUCCUUCGUCGUGAAGUUGAAGGUCGGUCUUUGCACAGCCCUACAACGUACCUGCUUUGGCAGCUUCCUCUCUCUUCCUCCUCCAUCUCUCUUUCUCUCUCUCCCUCCUUUUGUCUUCCAUUCUCAGAUUCGAUUCUCUUUUGAAAGGCAGCCGGGAGAGUGAUAUGCACAUGCGCCAAGGGACGAUGCAGAGCGGUAGGACUCCUCGACGAGAUCAUUGCCGCGAACAUCCUUAGGAGGCUUUGAGCUGCUGGGAGAGAGCUAGCAAGCAGUACAGCACAACAGCAAGGGAAAGAAGGAGCAAGAGCUCGAAUUGGCGAAUAAGGGGAUAUAAACGAAACCACAGAGAGCCAUGCCGCCUCGGCGCUCGCAUAAGAAGUCGAGGGCAGGCUGCCAACGGUGCAAGUUAAGAAAAGUCAAGUGCGACGAAGCCCACCCCAUCUGCGGGAACUGCACCAAACACGGCGUCCCCUGCGACUUCGACGACCCCUCCGCCCUCUCACCCCCCAGCUCGCUGGUGCGGUACACCACUCCCUCCUCCUCCACGCCCAAACCCUCGCCCUCCACAACCCACCAUCCAUUUCCCCCCUCCCCAUCCCUCCCCUUUCAUCUCGACCCCCCAUUACCCUCCACAACACUCUCGCCCUACUCCCCCACCUCCCGCGCUACGGAAUUGAGGCUGCUGCAUACAUACACCACCGUCACGGCCCCGACGCUGGCAUGGGGGGACACACCACCCGCAGCGCUGGCGUGGCAGCUUGCGGUCCCGAAUCUGGCGUUUAAUACACCCUGCCUCAUGGAUGCGCUGCUCGCUAUCGCAGCGCUGCACCUGCGUGCUCUCACACCCUCUGAUCCGAGUUUACCGCGGCUGUUCCACGCAUACAUGGCCUCUGCGCUGAGUUCCUACACAGCAACACUUCACUCGGGGGUGACUGCGGAAAACGCGCCAGCGUUAUUCGCAACAGCAGCGUUGAUAGCAUUCCAAGCCUCCGCCUCGCGACGCUUCCUCAACGAGCCCGGGAGCGAGGCUGAACCGUAUUCCUUACCCACACAAUGGUUCCACGCCUUCCAAGGCGUAAAAACCGUCGUCAUCGCCGCCUGGCCCUUCCUCCGCUCGUCAGAUAUCCGACCCAUCAUCUCCGCACAACCCGCUCUCGCACUCGAUCUGCACCCCUCGCGGCCCGCCUUCUUCGACGACCUCCUAGUCGGGCUAGAUGAGCAACUCCUGGGCCUAGAAGAGGGGGAGAUGGAGGAGACCAGAAGGGCGUAUGAGCAUUCAGUAGCGUAUCUGAACUGGGCUCACGCCCGCCCCGAAAAAGCCCGCAUCGUCGGCUUCCCCGCCACCGUCUCCCGUCGGUUCAUUGAGCUCGUCGACCGCGCCGACUCGCGGGCAUUAGCCGUGAUCGCGUCUUUCUUCGCCAUGACCCGCGCCGUGGACGGGGCGUGGUGGCUCUCCGGCGUGGCACGCAAAGAAGUUCGCGGGAUCCUGGGAUUGCUGGGGGAGGAGUGGAGGGGGAGGCUGGGGUGGGCGGUUAGGGUUGCGGAGUGGGAGGGGGAGGUGGGGGAGGAUGUUUGGGGUGGGGGGUGGGGAGAAGGGGAGGGGUUGGAUGGGGGGAGUGGGGGGUGGGGGGAUGUUAGCGUAUGA